AUGACAAAAUCAUCAGAAUCACAACUAAUAGAAAAACUACGUCAUUAUAUAGCACCUAAUUAUUCAAAUAGUACAACAUCAAUAUGGCAUAGACUUCCAAUAACAAGAAGAUCAGCAGUUUUUAUUUUAUUGUUCUUAGGUAAUAUGGGGGAAUUAAGAGUUUUACUAACCAAGAGGUCAUCAAAGUUGAGAAAUUUCCCUGGUCAUGUUGCAUUACCUGGUGGUAAAGCAGAUGAUGGUCUAGAAUCUGAAUGGAUGGUUAGUAGAAGAGAAAUGCAUGAAGAAAUUGGUUUGAGUUCACUGGAUGAAAAUUUAGCUAAGUUGGGGAUAAGUAUUGAACAUAUAUGUCUUAUGCCAAGUUAUUUAUCAAGAACUUUUUCAUGUGUUAAACCAUGUGUUGGAUUUUUGAAAUUUCAAAAUGAAGAUAAUAUUGAAAGUACAAUAGCUUCAAAAUUGAAUUUGGUCCUAAAUCCUGGUGAAAGUUCUUCUAUAUUUUCAUGCCCACUUAAAGACUUUUUAUACCCUACAAUAGAUGAGGAAAGUUUUGAAGCUUUGGAAAGAGUAUCCUAUAAAAUAAAAUGGGGAGGUAUACCUUGGGAUUUAAGAUCAUAUACUUUUUUACAGAAUAAUUCAAAUGAUGUAGAUUGGUUAAGAGAUAUAAAGGAUUUAUCUGCACUGGAAGAAGAAGAAGAAUUAGGUGAAAUAUUAGAUAAACAAGACAAAGGUAGAGUAACCCCACCAAAUGCUAAACCAAUGAAAUCAAGAUCAAUACCUAAAUCACAAUCUAAAAAGAAACAAAACCUACAGUCUUGGGGUAGAUUAGGAUCACGAAAAGAUGAUGAAACAAAUGAAAAAAUAUACGAUGUAUGGGGUCUUACAGCUAAUAUAUUGCACGAUUUAAGUGAAUUAAUAUACACAAAAGAUUCUUCAAAAAUAACAAGACAAAUAGGAGAAGAAGAAAUGAUUUAUCUGCUAUUUGAAUUUGGUAAAUUAAUGCAAAAAAAAGAACGUAGUGAUGAUGAAGUUAAAUUGAUUCAUUCUUCAAAUUUAGGAGAAGAUGGAAAAGAAUUUGGAUUUAAUGAUUUAUUACCUAGAGAAGAAUUUAAUAGAUUAAAAAAUUUAUAUAAAUUGUAA